AUGAAUAUCUGCACCGAAAUGCCGUCCUCAAAGCGAAAUCGUGUCGUGACGACCUCAAAAACGAAGAAGAACCACAAAGAACUUGUCAAGCGACUACACACCAAUAUCCAGGAAGCAGCAGAAAAGUAUUCGUAUAUCUGGGUUUUCGGUGUCGAAAAUGUGCGGAACAACUUCAUCAAGCAGGUCAGAGUCGACUUCGCAGACAGCAGAAUAUUUAUGGGCAAGACCAAAGUUAUGCAGGUCGCUCUAGGCCGCAACAAAGAGUCUGAAUGUGUGCCAGGCGCAAGCGGGCUCGUGUCUCAUAUGAAAGGCGAAGUUGGGCUAUUAUUCACAGAUCGACAGCCGCAAGAGGUACAAGACUAUUUCGAGACAUACUCCGAAUUGGAUUACGCAAGAAGCGGCGCUGUUGCAGCACAAGGUUUCAGGAUACCGCCUGGAGAGUUACAUACUGCAUAUGGUGUCGAAGGUGGUGAAGAAGACCCAUUGCCAAUGAGUAUCGAGCCAACACUAAGAAGGCUGGGAGUACCGACCAAGAUCGUGAAGGGCAAGGUCACCUUAGAAGAUCGACCCGAAGACAGUAUGGACACAGAAGAGGGUUACGAGAUUUGCAAAGAGGGAGACAUAUUGAAUUCAACACAGACGAGCAUACUCAAGAUUUUCGGUGUACGUAUGUCUGAAUUCAAGAUGGGUCUAUCAGCUGUAUACGACAAAGAGAAGGAAUCGGUGACAGUUGUAGCGCCUCAGGAAGCUCAGCUGCCAUAG